AUGGUCAUGGCUUGGAUUACCAACUCUGUUGAACCAGACAUUGCUCAGAGCAUUUUGUGGAUGGAUACUGCAUCUGAGAUUUGGACAGAGCUUCGUGAUCGAUACCACCAAGGCGACAUCUUCCGCAUAUCUUAUAUUCAAGAACAACUCUUCAAUCUCAAACAAGGCGACCUAACCAUCACUCAAUUCUUCACCAAUCUCAAAAAGCUAUGGCAGGAGCUUGACAAUUUCAGACCUAUCCCUACUUGCACUUGCGCUAUCAAAUGUUCUUGCACCCUUCUUCCCACUAUCAAAUCUUACCGUGAAACUGAUUACGUGAUUCGAUUCUUGAAGGGAUUAAACGAGCAAUAUGCUCCAAUGAUUGCACCUAUUGAAGAAGAUAAACUUCUUGCCAAUUUUGCCAAGACACAACACCGAUCCUCUAGCACUGAUAACAAUCCCAGAAAUUCUGCAGUUGGGCGUGGUAAAAGCCUCAAGAUGUGCACUUUUUGCAACAAAUCCGGACACACAGUUGAGGUUUGCUUCAAGAAACAUGGUCUUCCACCAUAUCUCAAGAAACCCCAGGUCAACAAUGCUUCAGCAUACACUGAGAACCCUAACAACAAUGAAGACCUGGAAUCAGAAGCACACACCACUCAACCCACCUUCACAGCUGAUCAACACAAGGCCCUCCUUGCUCUCCUUCAGCAAUCACAAAAUUCGGUACCUACUCAAAUCCAACAAUUUCACUCCAGCAUAAAUACAAAUUCAGGUAUUCUUCCAACACCACCUCUCCUAUUUUUACUGAUUGUUGGAUCUUAG